AUGACAGCAAGCUUGAUGGUAAAGGUCCAGAAAAGAAUGAGUUAUAUUAACAGGAAUGUGCUGGGUAGAAAGAGGGAAACGAUUGAGCAAGAAGUGAUAGAAGAAGAAGAGGAGUUACCUGAAAUUGGCAAUAUGAAGAUAAACUUAAUGACUGAAACAUUGCAAGACAGAGAAACUUUGAUUGAGGAUUGCCUAGAAUUAUAUGACAAGACUUCUGAAAAGCCAAAUGUUUUGUUAAAAGGUUUACACAAGAUUUUUCUUGAUUAUGCCUUUACGCAUCCUCUACCCUCAGGGUUCAAAUCUCUAGAUGCAUCUCAACCAUGGCUAUUGUAUUGGAUUGGUAAUAGUUUAAAACUACUAAACCGGAAUUGGCUAACAGCUGACUAUCAGAAAAGAAUUCUAAGCAAGCUAUGGUCUAUUUCUCCCACUGGUGGACCUUUUAAUGGUGGGAAGCAUCAAUUACCACACUUAACAACUAAUUAUGCGGCGAUCAACGCUAUUGCACUCUGCGAUGUUGAACACCGCGACGAUAAACAGGAAAUCAACAAACAAGCUAUAUAUGACUGGCUGAUAUCCUUGAAAACAGAUGGCGGUGCAUUCUAUACAGUGAAACCAGUGGGUGAGCAGGAUGUUAGAGGAGUGUAUGCGGCCUUGACAGUUGCAUCACUCUUAGGAAUUAUGGAUGAAAAGCUAAUAGACGGUGUAACAGAUUUCUUGAUUCGUUGUCAAUCUUACGAGGGCGGCUUCGGUGGUUGCCCAGGAGAUGAAGCCCAUGGAGGCUACACUUUCUGUGCAGUUGCAAGUUUAGCAUUGCUAGAUGCCUUAGACAAGAUCAAUAUUCAAACAUUAAUGUCAUGGUGCAGUUCUCGUCAAGCGAGAGAGGAGAGGGGACUUAAUGGCAGAAGCAACAAGCUAGUAGAUGGAUGCUAUAGUUUCUGGGUAGGGGGCACAGCAGCCAUUUUAGAAGCGUACGGAUACGGCGUGUGUAUAGAUAAACAUGCUUUGAAACAAUACAUCUUAAGAUGCUGUCAAGAAGAGGGUGUACCUGGAUUAAGAGAUAAGCCCGGAAAACAACCCGAUUAUUACCAUACCAAUUACGUCUUGGCAGGAUUGUCAAUAUGCGAAUACUCAUUUGAAGCUACAAAGAAGAAUGAGUGCUGUACGUUCGAUAUAACUGCAACACCUUUGAGCUCCUCUUGCGACGUUGAACCCAUAAACCCAAUCUUCGGACUACCAGAACAAGACGUCAGAAGGCUAAUUCUUCAAAAUGCUACAAGCAAUACUAUGUAA